AUGUCCGGGCUGCAUCUCUGGGCCUCACGGCUCCUGUUCACAUGGCAGCUGAUGUGGCUGCAAGUUCAGGCUGCUCAUCCUCUGGCCUUGGCCCCUGUCCUGCUGACCUCCGUUUCCCCUGGGCCCAUCGAGCCCAGGUCUUGGGAUCAGCAAAACCCUAUAUGUAUAUCUGAAGACGAUGAACUUCCGUCAUCCAGACAGGAAGUCUCAGCUCUGCCUCCAGAGUCCUCCGAGACAAGGGAAGCUUCUCCAAACUCCCAGAAAGCUUCUGCUCAGCUUCCACCCCAACAUGAAGCUCAAACUCAGUCUGCAGUGUCCUCUGAGCUAUUGAAAGCGUUGUUAGUCCACCAAGGAGUUCCAUCCUCCCCUGAAUGUGUUCAAUCUUCAAUCCAGCAGAAGAGCUCACCCCCCUCGCACGUGUGUCUGGCAGGUGUACAGCCUUCUCCAGGCCAGCAGAAGGGUCGAGCUCAGCCCCGGAAAUCCUCUAUGGAUGUCGUAGCUCAACCUUCAGUCCAUCGUGAGGCAACAGUCUCACCUCUUGGUUCGGGUGAAGCUCAGCAUCCAGUGUUGCCUAUUAUCAAUGUUGAAGGUGUGGAUCUGGGGGUUUUGAUCACUUCAGAGCCCCCUACAAAUAUUGAACUAUCUGCAGCUGACAAGGUCUCAGCUCAUCCUCCAAAGUUCAUAGACAAGCUCAAGCCUCCAUCCCAGCAGGAGACCACAGCUCAGCCCAGCUCAGCCACAGCCUUACAGCAGACUACAGCUCCUCCAAAGUCCCCUGAGGUGGCACUUCCACAUCCAGAGCCUGUUCAGGCUCAGCAGCCAACAUUGUUUGAAGUCACAUUUCAACCGCCAGAGCAGGAGCUGACCAUCACCCCUAAACCUACUUUGGAAGCUGAUGGUGCAGCCCUGCAGCAAACUACAGCUCCCCCAAAGCCCUCUGAGGUGGCACCUCCAGAGCCUAUUCAGGCUCAGCAGCCAAUGUUGACUGAAGUCACGGUCCAGUCUGUGGACCCGGAAGUCAUCAGAACUCAGCAACGAGAGUCAUUUGAGACAGUUCCUCCAGUGACUGAACGGAGUGCCACCAUGAACGUAUGUAAGCUCUGUACCUGCAGUAAUGGAACACUUUCCUGUACUGGUCUUGGCCCAAAGCAGAGACUCCACAGAGUGCCCGUGCCAGAGCCCCACACCUACAGUGGUACUUUUACUGUCUUAAACUUGCAAGGAAACUCUAUUUCUUACAUUGGUAAAGACACAUGGAAGUCAUACCAUUUGGUUGAGAAACUAAUUCUCAGUGGAAAUAACUUGAGAGAAUUGCGUAAGGAUUCAUUUGAAGGCCUGCACUCCCUCCAGUAUUUAGACUUAUCCUGCAAUAAAAUAGGAUUUAUUGAGAGGAAUACAUUUGGAUCACUACCCUUUUUGCAACAUCUAAAUCUUAGUCACAAUUUAAUUACAAAAUUGAGCUUUGGGAUGUUUCAGGCCCAGCAGGGAAUGCAGAUUUUACACAAGUCCAGGCUGAUGGAAUCUAAGGAACAAAAUAAGCUGACAAACGAUAUAGAACCUGAGGCAUGGGUACAUGGAACAGACUGA